AUGUUCGUGAACCCAAUGAUCAGGAUGGGAAUCCAGCGGCGGCAGAGGAAGAAGAUCUUGGAGCACCACCCCGCGGCGGAGGCGAACGCUACCAUCUGGACCAGGUGCCUACGAUUGGGGAUUGGGGCCACGGCGGCGCCUGUUAAAUCGCCAGUUGCGGCGGGAGUUUCGAGAUCGUUGCGGUCGGGCUCGUUGUGGACACAAACCAGGCUGUAUGAUUAUCGCAACGUGCUGGGUACCAAGUGCAGAGGCUGUGGCGAAGAGGACGAGCACUUCGGUCAUGGUAUGUUCGAGUGCCCUGUGGCGGUCAGCAACCUUUUGGGGGGCGAGGAGGAGCGCCCCAUGCCCGAGGGGCUCAGCAAGUUCAGGGGCGCGGUGUUAUCCCACGGCAUCAGCAUGCAGUCUGCGGUGGCCCUCGACUCUUUCGGCUUCCCGGCAACAGCGGGGGCGACGCCGCAGAAGCAGCGGGGGCCAGGCCACGUGGAGUGCGUGCUGCACGUCUUCGACGCGGGAAGCAUGAUGGCCAGGGAUGCCGACUUCAGUACCGAGGAGGGUAAGCAGUACGCCAUCUUCAGGACGGAGGCAGUGCAGGCGGCGCUGCAGGUAGCCGGACGGGUGCUGGGCGCCGUUGAAGAAGCGGAGCAAGUCAUUCAAGAUACGAGCGACCCUGACCCAAGGAAGAAGGUUGAUGCGUGGUUCAAACAGCUCGGGUACGAGACGCCGGGGCAGCUGAGGGUCCGCGCGCUCGCCGCCGCGUGGCUCCAGGAGCGCAGCCCGUGCCAAAGCGACCCGCCGCCGAUCGCCAAGCGGCCAGAGCUGUCAGAGCUCUUGCAUAUCACCACGGAGACCGAUCAGAGCAAUUGGCACAAGGCAAGCGUCUGCAGCACUUAUGGGCCGCGGCCCACGAAUGAGGACCGGCACAUACUGGAGUGCAAUUGGACGACUUUGCCAGGCCACGCGGGCUCCGAGGCGCCCGGUGCCCCCGCGGCGCUCUUCGCCGUCUGCGACGGGCACGGCGGCGCCUCCGUGUCGUCGAGCGUGUCCAGGAACCUGGGCAUCUUGCUGCGCACGGAGCUCGACGCGGUCAGGUGGUCCAGCGAGGACUCGCGCAAGGCCGCGGUACGCCGGGCCUUCAUCGAGAUGGACGGGCUGCUGAAGCGCGAGCAGAACCCCGUCUACAGCCGCUGCGGCUGCACGUGCGUGGUCGCCGCAGUGUGGCGCGGGGAGGACGCCAACGCGUACCAAGUCUUGCUGGCAAACUUGGGCGAUUCGUUCGGCCUGCUCUACCGGGCCGAGGCAGACGUCCUCGUCGAGACGGUGGCGCACAAGCCCGACCAGCCGUGCGAGAAGAAACGCAUCCGCGCGGCCGGGGGCUUCGUGAUGCCCGCGGACGACCCCCAGCCGGCGCGCAUCGACGGUGCUCUCGCGGUGUCGCGUGCUUUCGGGGAUUUCAUGUACAAGGGCAUGGACGGCAAGCCCUUGGAGGAGCAGAAGGUCUCCCCAAUGCCAGACGUGCACGAAUUCGUAGCGGCCGCCGGCGAUUCGCUCGUCCUUGCUUGCGACGGGCUGUCCGACGUGUGCAACAGCACCGAGGUGGCAGCCCUGACGGUGCUGUCGCUGCAGAGCUCCCCGGAGCCCGUGGAGGCCGCUGGCACGCUUGUCUGGGCCGCGCUGCAGCGCGACACCACGGACAACGUCACGUGCCUCGUCGUGCGACUGGGCGAAGGCGAGUGA